GAGAGGAGGUCCUCCAGCCGGAGCAGGAAGCCAGCCGACGGCCACACUGUCAUGAACACGACGGAGCAGCCGCGCAGCGACGUCCAUACCCUCGGACACCGCCAUGAGGACGUCGACGGUUGGCCAGCAGAGCAGCAGCAACAUCAGCAGAGCCGCCGGUGAUUAGACGCAUCCUGCCUGCGAGUUGGUGGCGCCAUGAAGGAGCUGAAGGGCUGCGGUAUGCGCUCCACCGUGGGCUUCCUGUCCCGCCGAGAGAUGACGGGCCAGCCGCUCAUGAAGGAGGAGUUCCAGCGGCGCAGGAUGGCCGGCUGCACCAGCCUCUACAAGAAGGACAUGCUGGGACACUUCGGCUGCGUCAACGCCAUCGAGUUCUCCAACAACGGCGGCGAGUGGCUGGUGUCUGGCGGAGACGACCGCCGAGUGCUGUUGUGGCACAUGGAACAAGCCAUCCACGCUCGCUCCAAGCCAAUCAAGCUGAAGGGCGAGCACCUGUCCAACAUCUUCUGCUUAGCCUUCGACAGCACCAACAAGAAGGUCUUCUCUGGAGGAAAUGACGAGCAGGUGAUUCUUCACGACGUGGAGCGGAGGGAGACUCUAAAUGUGUUCUUGCACAUCGACGCCGUGUACAGUCUGUCCGUCAGCCCCGUCAACGACAACGUCUUCGCCAGCUCGUCGGACGACGGACGAGUCCUCAUCUGGGACACUCGCGAGCCGCCACACGGAGAGCCAUUCUGCCUGGCCAGCUACCCAUCAGCUUUCCACAGCGUGAUGUUCAACCCCGUGGAGCCCAGGCUGCUCGCCACCGCCAACUCCAAGGAGGGAGUGGGACUGUGGGACAUCCGCAAGCCCCGCAGCUCGCUGCUGCGCUAUGGCGGCAGCAUGUCUCUGCAGAGCGCCAUGAGCGUUCGCUUCAACAGCACGGGCACCCAGCUCCUGGCUCUGCGGCGGCGCCUUCCGCCCGUCCUCUACGAGCUACACUCGCGCCUCCCCAGCUUCCAAUUUGACAACCAGGGCUACUUCAACUCCUGUACCAUGAAGAGUUGCUGCUUUGCGGGCGACAGAGAUCAGUACAUCCUGUCUGGGUCGGACGACUUCAACCUCUACAUGUGGAAAAUCCCCAAGGACCCCGAAGCAGGAGGCCCGGGUCGUGUGGUGAACGGGGCCUUUAUGGUCCUGAAGGGCCACCGCUCCAUCGUGAACCAGGUUCGCUUCAACCCCCACAGCUACAUGAUCUGCUCUUCUGGUGUGGAGAAAGUCAUCAAGGUGUGGAGUCCUUACCUACAACCGGACAGUCUUGGCGACCUGGACGGCCACGUGGAGGACAAGUCCCGCAGCUUGUACACACAUGAGGAGUACAUCAGUCUGGUCCUGAACAGCGGCAGCGGUCUUUCCCACGACUACGUGAGCCAGUCCAUCCAGGAGGAUCCUCGCAUGAUGGCGUUCUUCGACUCUCUGGUGCGGCGCGAGAUCGAGGGUUGGAGCUCGGACUCGGACAGUGACCUGAGCGAGGAGGCCAUCAUGCAGCUGCAUGCUCGCGGACGCCGCUCCACUCGGCUGACGGCGGCGACUCCGGCGGCACCCCCGGCCGCCGCGCAACACAGCGACUCCGAUAACUCCAGCUCUUCCUCCCUGGCCGGACCAGAACCCUCAGGAGGCGAGGAGCCAGCCGGCGCGGACGGCGAGGGGCGGUCUGGGAGACGGAGCAGACCUCAGCGGCAGCAGUCGGGCUUCCUGGCGAAUGAUGACUCGGACUCCAGCGAGUUCUGGCUGGACCCAAUGCCGCGUCCUCGCUCCCCGAGCCCUCGUAACUACACCACCCUCUCCAUACCAUCCUCCACGUCCCCCUCGCUCCCCGCCGGCGCCUCCAGCUCCUCGGCGACCACGUCCAGCUCCAGCAGCGAGGACGAGGAGCGGCGCAGUGCUGUGAGACGCCGCAACGUGAUGAGGCGGCGCCGCCUGGCCGUGGUCUCCCGGGCCGGGGAGCGACCCGACUCGGUGCAGGCCUUGUUCUCCGCUAUCGACUCCUGCAGCUACCCGUCCAUCUCGGUGGACGACCUGACGUCCUCAUCGGGCGAGGAACAAAACGCCCUACAGAUUAAGCCCCGCCUUGACGAGGACAAGUGUCUCAGCCUGGCGGACUUAGUGUGCCCCAGCCCCGUGAUGUCUCCCGCCAAUCAGGAUGGGACCGACGAGGCGGAGCUGGACAGACUUUCGGGGGACAGGACUGAAGUGGCGGCGGAGUCUACCCUGGACGGGGCGGCGUGCAGCAGCGCGACUGAGGGCAGCCCAGGAUUGAACGGGCGGCGCCGAGCUGCGGGUGAAAACGCGUCCGUCCAGUCUGACGAGGAGGACGGCGCCACGGCGGCGGACAUCAGGGCGGCCGAGAGGCUAAAAGGACCCACACAGAAACGGACCCAUGUGAGCUCAGAAGAGGGGGAUUGUGGGUCGUCACCCUCUGAGAAGAAGCUCAAAACUUAGUAACCAUAGCAACCAUGUUGAACUUCUUCAGCUUUUUUUCUUACGGAGUCUUUAGACCCCUGAGAUCACCUGAAUUUUAAGAGAAGGCAGGAAGUGGGCAAGUAUAAGAAGUGAUGUCAUUUAGUUCUACAAAAGCUCCGCCCACAACGUGGAGCUCCUUCCACCGCAACACAAGACUGACGGAGGACCAAAAAAAGUUUUCUUUGUUUUUUGCUGAUCUAAGACAACUUAAUCGUAGCUGAAGGUGGAUUUUGUUUGACGCUCAGUCCAUGCCGCUGUUUAGCAGGCAGCCAUCUUGUUUUCUCUCCAUUAAAAAGGCUCAUUUGUUCUCCUUC